GGGAAGUACACAAAAAGUAAAUGUUUGUUCAUAUUUGUAUGACCAUGUAAAAUCAAGCCGCUUCGCCUGAUUGGAUGCAGCCGAUACGAUGUGGACACGGACUCAAACGCGAGGUAUGGUCGGAUGAAGACUUGGAAAAUACACACAUUACAGGAUCCGUUCGCAACGCCGCCCUUCCGACCCCUCCCCGCCUGCGACUCCCUCUUGGAUCUCCACUCUCCGCCCCUGCCGCCACUCAUCCCCUCGCUCUUCCGUCGGCAAGAUUGGGUCUCUUGGCGGCGGUGACGGUAUCUCUGUCUUCCUCUAAGGUAUAUGGUCCUAGAGCAAGCGCUUGAGGUUGCAAAGUGGUAAUGGCUUCAGCAGAAAAUGUAGAACCACCUACAUCGCCUUUGGCUGACAAGGAUCAUGAUGCUGGAAGCCUGGUUUCACCAGGCGCACAUCUUGGGAAUGAGACCCCGAGGCCUAACAUCUCUGAUGAAGUCAGAAGUAUCAUUGAAGUGAUUGCUGCAACAGGAAAAUAUUGGCAUGAUUGGGAUGUGUUGAAAAUCAUAAUCUCAUUUCGUCUGAAGCAGGUGUUGGCUGAAUAUCCUGAACGAGAGAUCAGUAGUGAUGGUGGUCCAUAUAGAGGCCCUGUAGUUGUGGAGAAACAUUCAGAGUUGGUGGAAAGGUUAAAUGAGGCUCUUCUUAGUUUCAUGGGAGCUCCUCCUUUUACUCUGCAGAGACUCUGUGAGAUCCUUUUGACUCCCAAAAGCAUAUAUCCGAGCCUUUCAAAGCUUGUUUUAGCAUUAGAAAAGAAUUUGCUGGUAACUUCAACCAUACCGAUCUGCAAGGACCCAUACCCAUCGUCAAAACCUGCUGCUAUCGAAGAACUGGUGGAAGAACUGAAAAACCAUCCCCCUACGUUGACAGGGGACAAUGAUGAAAACCUAGUUGAGGAUACUGAUGUGGAAAUGGCAGAUGAAGAUGAUAACCUUGACAAUAAGAUGGCUGCAAGUGAAGAAGAGAAAAAAAAUGAAGAGGCGCCUCCUGAACCUGAAAAUGCUCCACCUCCCAGAAGUAUCGAGCCACGCCCUAGUUUAUAGUUACUUGAAUUCUCAAGAAGUUUUGCGUAGCAUCGUUGUCCAUCCAGCAAUGGCGCACAUUGCAUGGUACUUGUUCCUACCCGUUGGUAGUUUCUUUUUCCUUAUUCCCUGCCUUGUGAUCGUGGCCAACUAAGGAGAAAUCAGGGUCGCGUCUCGGUUCCAGAAAACUAUCUUUUGAUUGGGACCUUCUGUUGGCACAAUGUAAACUCGUCUUUGAAUAGAAAUCUGCAUUUCUUGUUUCAAA